AAAGUGAUUCUCAGCAGCUAAAGACAAAAAACUUGCUGUGUCAUGUUAAUCAAGAUAUUCUAGAUUUUGCCAUUGAAGAUUUCAGUAUUUCUCAAUCUAUAUACCAGGAUGAACUCAGCCACCUCGAGAGGUGGGAGAAAGAAAACAGGCUGCACGAGCUAAGAUUUCUACGCAAAGGGAGUCUUAUAAAUUGUUAUCUCUCUGCUGCUGCAACCAUAUCCGCUCAUGAAUUCUCUGAUGCUCGUAUUGCAUGUGCGGAAACUAUUGCGCUCGUACUUGUUACUGAUGACUUCUUUGAUGUUGGAGCAUCCAAAGAAGAACAAGAAAACCUCAUAGCAUUAGUAGAGAAGUGGGAUCAGCAUCACCAAGUUGAGUUCUACUCUGAGCAAGUAGAAGUAGUAUUUUCUGCUCUUUAUACUACAGUUAAGCAGAUCGGAGAGAUGGCUUCUGCUGUACAAAACCUCGAUGUUACAAAGCACCUGGAUGAAACAUGGCUACAUUACUUGAGGUCUGCAGCGACCGAGGCGGGAUGGCGAUGGAGUGAAUAUGUACCAACAGUUGAGCAAUACAUGACAGAAGCGGUAACCUCAUUCGGGAUGGGUCCCAUUAUCCUCACAUCACUCUAUUUGGUCCAACAAAAACUCGAGAAUCAUAUUAUCAAAGACCCGGAGUACAAUGAGUUGCUUAAAUUAAUGGGCACAUGUGGCCGUCUCCUGAAUGAUACUCAAGGCUUUGAGAGGGAGUCCAGUGAUGGAAAACUGAACGUCAUCUCACUGCGUGUUCUUCACAGUGAGGGUUCCAUGUCCAUCGAAGCUGCUCAAGAGGUGAUACAAGAGUCAAUAGCCUCGUGUCGGAGAGACCUGCUAAGGCUGGUUGUUAGAGAAGAACGUGUUGUUCCUAGGCCAUGCAAGGAUGUGUUCUGGAGGUUUUGUAAGACAGCUCACUUGUUCUACUGUCACACCGACGGAUUUUCCUCGCCCAAAGAAAUGCUCUGCACGAUGAAUGCAAUAUUCAGAGAGCCACUUAAACUUCAAAUAACCAGUCCUUUGGCUGUUCAAUCAGAAAAAUAAUCAAGGAUUCCUUAUGCUAUUAUCCUGAUCAUAUAUGGAUGACAAGGAAAUAUACCAAGCGGGGAGAGUAAAUGCAACAGUAAUCAUAUGAACCUUACAAAUGGGUCACUCACCGGUAUCUGAUUGAUAUGCAUGCCGCCAGUUAAAGGGCAGCAACUCAAUAAAGGAUCUCCGUCAUGUGGUCUGAACCUUCUUGGUCAAUGGCAUAGUUAGCUCCAGGUGUUGUUUCUAGCGACACUUUUGUCAAAAACUUUAUUCUGCAUUGUAAGCUGGUAUGCCCAGCAAAUUUAUUUUAGCAAUCAAGCGAACCUACAAAUUUCUCAGUCUUCAAA